AUGGACGUUGGAGACAUCUUUCCUUCGAUAUCCGACGGUGGUGGUGGUGUGGAUGUCGAAGACGAGGAGGAAGAUGCCGUUCCUGAUGAGGAUGAACCCAGAUGUGAAUCGGUCACAGUGGGGUCUGAGUCUAAACAACUCGUGAUACGGUCCGAUAGAAUGAUCGUGUCUUUGCUAUUGUGUGUACCAGCAACCAUUGUAAUGGCCGCUGUCGAUGCCGUGCGACUCAGGACCGAAUCAGUCACGCCAUCCACAAAACCUUCAUCAUCUGUCGUGCGAAAUGUGUGA